AUGGCUACCACGAUUAGCGAUCUUACGGAUGAUUUGCUCGACAAGAUAAUAUGGUACCCUCAAGAGUCCGUUUCUAGCCAACUCGAAGUUAGUUUUCCGGGGGCCUCCGUGUCACCUAGGCCGACAUACACCUCCGAAAGGCCGUAUGGUGAUGAAUCGUUCCUAUCUACCCCUCCUGCUUCCGCAGACGCCGCGUUCAGUCUUCUCGUCACAUCCGUUUGCCGUAGAUGGCGUCGUCUCGCUCAGAAUCGCGUCUCCACCUUGCUUGUGAAGGAUCACCAGGUUGUUUCUCUUCGUGACCUAACCGCCGCUGUCAAGUGCUUCCCGAACCUCACCCACGUGCAUCUGAGCGACAACAGCGUCGAGACCAUCGACGACACCUUCCUCGCUCACCUCGCUUCAUCGAGCCCUAAGCUGAAGGCUCUCCAUGUGGGAAAGGAGAUUACGCAGACGUUCCCAAUCGCACAGCUUCCGUGUCUGAAGUCGCUAGAGUUGGAAGCGGGGAGUCCGCGGUUCGACCUUUUGUUUCCGCCGGAUCAGCCAUGCAGCAGCCUAGAGAAACUGUUUCUCGGCAAGAUCUCUGAGCUGCUGAGUCUUCCUGACGGCAUAGGGGAGCUGCUGCCACGUCUCCGGGAGCUGACCAUCAGCGAUCGCGAAAAUCUCGCCAAUCUGCCUGACGGGUUCAAUUCCCUCACCUCCCUGCAGAGGUUGACAAUCUCCCAAGGCAAGCUGACCAGCCUGCCCGAAACCUUCGGAGAGUUACCCGCGCUGACAUCGCUCUCGCUCGAUCUGCCGGAGCUCACGCAUCUCCCAGAUUCGUUCUGCCUGCUCACUGCUCUGAAGAUCCUGAAUCUGACCAACUGCAAAGCCCUCCGCAGACUUCCUUCACGUCUUAGCGGAUUAACGGCCCUUCAAUCUCUCAGCGUCUUCAACUCUCCUAUCUUGAAGCUUUCGGAAGACAUUGGAGACCUGACCAACCUACAGACUUUCCACCUGAAUAUAGUCCAUGCAGAGCUCCCAUCAAAUCUCACACGGCUCUCCUCACUCACAAGUCUUCAAAUCUUCCAGAGCACCCUAAGUGAGCUUCCAGAGGGCAUCGGGAAGCUGAGAAACCUGCGCGUGUUGUUCCUCCUCCCUGAUUCGAAUGCCCUCCCUGACUACAAGCUCCCAGAGUCUGUCACCGACCUUGUGAGCCUUGAGAUACUGAAAGUUGGCUGCCUCACUGCAAUGCCCAGGAGUUUGAGCAGCCUUGUAAGGCUGAGGGAGCUGAUGCUGAGCAAGACCCCGCAGCUGCCAGAAGCCGUAAUGACCCUGCCAACAUCACUCGAGACACUAAGCGUGGGGAGCUACCAGCUGCUCGUUCCCCUGCUGGAAAUCCCAGCACUGCCUCGGCUCAGGGAACUGAGCUUGACAAGUGUUGGCCUGCUGCGUGGUCUGAACACCGACGUUGUUCUUCCAUGCCUGGAGCAUUUGGAGCUGGUGCUGCCACGGGAUGCAGAGGAUCUCCCAGUGCCACUGGCAGCCGUUUCCAACAUCCGCAGCUUGACAAUUCGGGAUGGUGGUCGCUUGUUGAAGCUUCCGGAUGAGGUCGGCUCAACGCUGCUGCAGCUGAGGCAGCUGCGCAUUGAAAAGGCUCAAGAAAUGGCAAUGCUGCCGGCGGCUGUUACGCAGUUACAGUGUCUGACAUCCAUCGAGAUCCAUGCUCCCAGAUUUCAGUUCCUCCCGGAGGAAAUUGGUGCUUUAUUGAGAUUGCGCGUGCUGAAUUUGGCUGACUGCUUGAGUUUCAAACAGCUCCCGGCUUCUCUCAUGCAGCUCUCCUGCCUUCAUCACUUGAACCUCCGCAACACCUCCAUCUGCUCCUUGCCUCCCAACUUUGCAGCGGUGAGCCGGCUCAAGAAGCUUGACCUGUAUGGAUGCAAGCAGCUGGAGUCUCUUCCUGACGAUGUCACGCAGCUCAAGAUGCUUUAUAGCCUGAAUCUUACAGGCUGUGACAAACUGUUGGAUUCGAGAAGCUUUCCCAUGGGUGUGAUGGGUAUGUACGGUUUGGAUGUGGAGACUUGGGAAGAAGAUGGUGAUGGGCCCUGA